AUGGCUCCUGUACAAGUGGAUGGGAGUACUGUUACUCCAUCGGAGCAGGAGUCCGUUCCUGAGGAGUCAGUGGCGCCACACUUCCAUGAGAGUGAAGCUGAUCCCUCGGGCCCGCAAACCCAACUGCAGGCCCCGAACACGACAGAAACACCCAUCAACAAAAGUCUGCUUCCCUGGUUUCGCAAAAAGGCUGCGCCCACUGCUGUUAAGUCUCACAGCAACAGAAAGUUUUCCGUCGAUCACAUCCAUCCUUCUCGAGCCACGGCAGCUGAGCCAUAUUUAACACCUUCGGACAAAUUGGGUAUCAUCGAUGCGUACUUCAACUCCCCAAGUCCGGCCACAUCGCAGAACAAGCAGCCGGGAUCAUACAACACAUCAUUAUCAUCUUCAUCACCCCAUAGUGCAAAGUCAUUGGUCGACAGGACUCCUCGGAAGGAGCCGCCAAUCGAGCGCCAGCCUGUACCGCGGAGAAGCCUUCGUCGGCACAUGCAAGACACAUCACAAUGGCCAACAGCAGGAGUCUUGAUACAUAAUAACUCUCCGUCUCCAGAAGAUCGUGAACAUGAAAGUGCAGACAUCUUGGCAGAAAUGCAGACAAAACCUCCGGUGCCAGCAAAGGAUCCAACUCCUGAUCGCUCCCAGCCCUCCGUGAAGACCGAGAAAGUCAGGAAAUCUGCGGAAUCUGGAAAGGGGCCCCCAGUUCCUCCAAAAGUGUCACAUUCCGAGCAAUCCAUUGUUGGCUUUGCUAAAGACCUUGAAAAGAAGCCAGCGACACCACCCAAAGACCUUCCAGAAACGCAGUCUUUUAAGUCCCAAGUGGCCAGUCGUCACCACUCUGGCCAAUCACUAUGCAAGCCAUGGUCCAGAGUGACAGUCCUGCGGCGGAAAUCACACGCAAAACUUCCGCCCGUGCCUCCAACCAUCGAAGAAGAAUCGGAGGCCACCAUGGAACAGCCGGGAAAGUCCUCAAGUGCUCACAAUUUGCAGGACGCUAACACUGUGCCGCAGCUGCCUGCCACUUGGAGUUGUGCCGUAGGGAGGUCCUCUUCCUUCGAGAAAGCUCUCGAUGCAGUGAUACAGAAGCUGGAUGACAUGGACGAAAGGAGGCAAUACGAGAGGAAAAUGGAGCUCGAGGCAGCCCAACAGGCCGUCGCAAAGCUCGAGGCUUCACAGCAACUGGUGUCUAGCUUCAGCUCGCCCAGUGGAUCGCGCUCAAGACGCCAGACAGAGGAGAAACUCGGAUCGCCCGCAGAAGUCCCGAUCUCGGACACGAACGGGACGGCCGCCCAGCUCGACAGGGACAUUGACGACAGGGACAUCCUACUGGGCCUGAAGAUGGCCAUCUGCGCCGCCUGCGACGAGGACCUGGACGCGUGGAUACGCGACAAGACGGGCCUCCGCCUGCGCAGGUUCCUGGCGGACCUAAAGGCAUUCGAUGCCGUCUCCAAGGACCGCAAAUCGCCCGCGUCGCAGAACCCUCGCCGCCAGGUCCGCAGGACCCGCAACGAGACGCGGCGGCUUAAUGCCGAGCAGGAGCGCAGGAGGCAGAGCAUGAAGUCGAAGGCGUGGAAGGGGCCUUGCUUUGGGGAGGAUAGUUAG